CUCUGCUCACUGUACCACAGUAUUACUGCAGUAUCACAUGAGUGUUAGCCCAGUAUUACCACUGUUUUACUCGAGUGCUAGAGCAGGUUUGUGACAGUAUCAAUUGAACACUAGUGCAGUAUUGCUGCAGUACCACUUGAGCUUUAGCAGAGCAUUAUUUAGUAUUACUUGAAAAUGAGCGCAGUUUUAAGUCGGUAUUAAUUGAGCGUUAGUGUAGUAAUACAGCAGUAACAAAUAAACAUUGGGACCGUAAUACCGCAGUAUCACUUGGCCGUUAGCGCGGUAUUGCAGCAGCAUUAAUUGAGCGUUAGCACGUUAUUGCUGCAGUAUUACUUGAGCGUUAGCACAGUAUUGCCGCAGUGUUACUUGAGCGUUAGGGCAGUAUUGCCGCAGUGUUACUUGAGCGUUAGGGCAGUAUUGUGGCAGUAUUACUUUAGCGUUGGCGCAGCAUUGCGGCAGUGUUACUUGAGCUUUAGGGCAGUAUUGUGGCAGUGUUACUUGAGCAUUAGCACAGUAUUUGCUGUAGUAUUACUUGAGCUUUAGGGCAGUAUUGUGGCAGUGUUACUUGAGCAUUAGCACAGUAUUUGCUGUAGUAUUACUUGAGCUUUAGGGCAGUAUUGUGGCAGUGUUACUUGAGCGUUAGCACAGUAUUUGCUGUAGUAUUACUUGAGUGUUAGGGCAGUAUUGUGGCAGUGUUACUUGAGCGUUGGCGCAGCAUUAUGGCAGUGUUACUUGAGCGUUAGCACAGUAUUGCCGCAGUGUUACUUGAGCGUUAGGGCAGUAUUGUGGCAGUAUUACUUUAGCAUUGGCGCAGCAUUGCGGGAGUGUUACUUGAGCGUUAGCACAGUAUUGCCGCAGUGUUACUUGAGCAUUAGCACAGUAUUUGCUGUAGUAUUACUUGAGCUUUAGGGCAGUAUUGUGGCAGUGUUACUUGAGCGUUAGCACAGUAUUUGCUGUAGUAUUACUUGAGUGUUAGGGCAGUAUUGUGGCAGUGUUACUUGAGCGUUGGCGCAGCAUUAUGGCAGUGUUACUUGAGCGUUAGCACAGUAUUGCCGCAGUGUUACUUGAGCGUUAGGGCAGUAUUGUGGCAGUAUUACUUUAGCAUUGGCGCAGCAUUGCGGGAGUGUUACUUGAGCGUUAGCACAGUAUUGCCGCAGUGUUACUUGAGCAUUAGCACAGUAUUUGCUGUAGUAUUACUUGAGCUUUAGGGCAGUAUUGUGGCAGUGUUACUUGAGCGUUAGCACAGUAUUUGCUGUAGUAUUACUUGAGUGUUAGGGCAGUAUUGUGGCAGUGUUACUUGAGCGUUGGCGCAGCAUUAUGGCAGUGUUACUUGAGCGUUAGCACAGUAUUACCGCAGUGUUACUUGAGCGUUAGGGCAGUAUUGUGGCAGUAUUACUUUAGCAUUGGCGCAGCAUUGCGGGAGUGUUACUUGAGCGUUAGCACAGUAUUGCCGCAGUGUUACUUGAGCAUUAGCACAGUAUUUGCUGUAGUAUUACUUGAGCUUUAGGGCAGUAUUGUGGCAGUGUUACUUGAGCGUUAGCACAGUAUUUGCUGUAGUAUUACUUGAGUGUUAGGGCAGUAUUGUGGCAGUGUUACUUGAGCGUUGGCGCAGCAUUAUGGCAGUGUUACUUGAGCGUUAGCACAGUAUUGCCGCAGUGUUACUUGAGCGUUAGGGCAGUAUUGUGGCAGUAUUACUUUAGCAUUGGCGCAGCAUUGCGGGAGUGUUACUUGAGCGUUAGCACAGUAUUGCCGCAGUGUUACUUGAGCAUUAGCACAGUAUUUGCUGUAGUAUUACUUGAGCUUUAGGGCAGUAUUGUGGCAGUGUUACUUGAGCGUUAGCACAGUAUUUGCUGUAGUAUUACUUGAGUGUUAGGGCAGUAUUGUGGCAGUGUUACUUGAGCGUUGGCGCAGCAUUAUGGCAGUGUUACUUGAGCGUUAGCACAGUAUUGCCGCAGUGUUACUUGAGCGUUAGGGCAGUAUUGUGGCAGUAUUACUUUAGCAUUGGCGCAGCAUUGCGGGAGUGUUACUUGAGCGUUAGCACAGUAUUGCCGCAGUGUUACUUGAGCAUUAGCACAGUAUUUGCUGUAGUAUUACUUGAGCUUUAGGGCAGUAUUGUGGCAGUGUUACUUGAGCGUUAGCACAGUAUUUGCUGUAGUAUUACUUGAGUGUUAGGGCAGUAUUGUGGCAGUGUUACUUGAGCGUUGGCGCAGCAUUAUGGCAGUGUUACUUGAGCGUUAGCACAGUAUUGCCGCAGUGUUACUUGAGCGUUAGGGCAGUAUUGUGGCAGUAUUACUUUAGCAUUGGCGCAGCAUUGCGGGAGUGUUACUUGAGCGUUAGCACAGUAUUGCCGCAGUGUUACUUGAGCAUUAGCACAGUAUUUGCUGUAGUAUUACUUGAGCUUUAGGGCAGUAUUGUGGCAGUGUUACUUGAGCGUUAGCACAGUAUUGUGGCAGUGUUACUUGAGUGUUAGGGCAGUAUUGUGGCAGUGUUACUUGAGCGUUAGCACAGUAUUGUGGCAGUGUUACUUGAGUGUUAGGGCAGUAUUGUGGCAGUGUUACUUGAGCGUUAGCACAGUAUUUGCUGCAGUAUUACUUUAGUGUUAGGGCAGUAUUGUCACAGGAUUACUUGUGCGUUAAUGCAAUAUUGCCGCAGUGUUACUUGAGCUUUAAUGCAGUAUUGCCGCAGUAGUACGUAAGCGUUAGCGCAGUAUUGUGGCAGUAUUACUUUAUUGCAUUAACUAGGGCUGGAAAAUAUAUCGUGCAAUUUUUAUGCUCCGUUUCCUCAAUGAAUUACGGUUAAAUGCCGCAACAUCUGAAAGCCAGAGGGAACUCUCGCUCAGAAACUCUGAAUAUGGGACAGAAGAAGAACGAUUUACACACACACCGUUCCAGGAAAUGCCAAUGGUGAUAUUCUAUCGCUGUUCUUCAAACCUUUUCAGGCUUCGUUUGGAGGCAGAAGGUGUGUAUGAAUGCUCAGACACUGGACUGGUGUUCGAAGUCUCUCAGCGGGUCAACAUCACCUACUGCGUUCUCUCGUGGAGCAAGUUUGCCAGCUACCUGAGCGACUCGUGGAAAUCCGCCGGACCCAUUUUUGACGUGGACUGCGAUCCGUCGAUUCUGAAAUCCGUGCAGUUCCCACACUCGCUGUGUCUGACAGCAGAUGAGAACAGUGAUGUGAAGUUCAGCGUUCUGCACGUGAAGAACCGGCGCGGUCAGAUCGAACCCUCGACCGAUCACUCGGGCAGCCACGUCAAAUGGAACGUGUCGUCUCUUUCACCCGUGGGUCCCGUGGCUAAGACGUCUAAACCUGCCGAGCAUCACGGGGUCGUGCAGGUGUUUCGAGAGGUUGGCCAAGAGAAGUCCUUCUCCUUCAGAGUUUAUCUGGCCGGAAACAACUGCUCCGACGUCAAGGACAUCCAGAGAGCCGUUCGACGGGCCAACAACUGCAAGAACAACAAGAGAUAUGUGCUAGUACACAAACCACCAACAUGCAUCCUAGAGGAGAACAAAAGAUAUCGACUGACCAGUGAACCUGUGGGUCACAUCACACCAGAGGAGAUGCUGUUCAGUGCAGACAUUGUGGAGCUGAAGGGAUAUUUUGAGGUUUUCUUUGAGGAAAGUCCUCCGUUCAAGCUGUCGCUGACAGAAACGGACUCAGAUCACACCGUCUGGAGCGCUAUCAUCAGAGAGGGAGAUUGCGAUCACAGUCUGGAUUGUGUAAAGCCACGGAAACCAUCGCGAGGCAGAAAGAGGCGGGCCAGCAGUUCAGAGGAGGAGCUCUAUCACAAGCGCAGGAAGAGAAGUGGCUCCGUGGAUGAAUCGGACUGUAAGAAACCAGCGUGCCGAGUUCCAGACCUGACAGACCAGCAGCUCAUGCAGGUGGCCAAACGCAUGGGGAAGGAGUGGAAGAUCGUGGCCAUCUGUUACCUGGGCCUCAGCAAACAGGAUCUGGAGGAGAUCGAGUCAGCCAAAGACGAGGACGUCGUCAUGCUGAAAUUCAACAUGCUGGACCGCUGGAGGCGACGGCAGCCCAAAGGAGAAGCGGGAAUUCAAGAACUCCAUAAAUGUUUGAAAGACAACGAUGACGUGCCCAAUGAGGUCAUCGGCGUUCUGGCUGAGAUGCUACAAAGUAGUUCAGCUAAAUGAGCUUACGAAUGAAGUCUUCACUUUACCUUCCAACAACUGAAAUACCCAGAAUGCCUUGAAGAAUUUGUCGUUUUAACCUCAGUUUCAGUGAGAAAGGACGACCGAAUGUGUUUGUGUGUCUCUACUGUUUCUCUUUGUUUGUCAUCUACUGUAAAUGUUUGACUUCGCUGGUGCUUCUGUACAUCUCUGGAACUGUGUUUUAAUGUUUUCUUUGUGAAUCAUGAGCCGUGAUAGAUUUCAGCAGAACAUCAAGAAUGAGCUCUAUAAGCCGUACCGUCUCUUAAGAUGAGCCGUACCUGUUGGCAUUGAAUAUUUCUGUCUGUUUGACAUCAUGUGUGAAAUAAGCUCAUUCACAACACUACUGAUGUUGCAUUCUCAGGUGAAUGUUUUUGAACGAUCAUGAGUGUAAAUAAAUCAAUCAUUUUUUCA